AUGGCGGCGGUCCUUCAGCCUCGAGGCGACGUCCUCGUCAUGCCUCCAUUCACGGCGGAACACCCGACCUCGUCUCGCCUCGUCUUCCCCGCCCAACCCUCUCCUGCGCCCCCGAUGGGGAAGUCGACAUCCAGCAUGAGCUCGACGAGCGUUGCGACGAUCGCUGGGUGUAAGGGACAGGCGCGGGAAGUCGUGUGGGAAGAGGACGGCGAGAGGGCGAGGAUGCAGGCAGAGAUUGAGCGCAGUCUGAGGCAGCUUGAAGGGACGUCACCUUUAGAAGAGGAUGAGAGACUGGCGAAUGAUGCUGCGUCGGUGGAGGACCUGUUGCGGAACCGAGGCGAGACGUCUGCGCCAUCUUCGCAAGAUCUCCCUGCCGGUUCAUCCCGCCGCGACGUACGGCUCUCGAGCGACAACAACCGGCUGAGCGUCGUGACCUUCGACUCAAUGCUUACAACGGGCGAGACUGUGUACGAGGACGCUUGGGAGGAGUUCGAGGCAGAGGACGAAGACGCAUUUGACGAGCCUGCCCUGCCUCCUCUGCCCGUCAAUUUCGCCCGCUCACCCAUCUUGCCCGACACGCCGCCCUCCGAGAAAGAGCUUGCAGCAGCGAGUCUCACGCCCAAAGUCGGUUCGCUCGACGUGACGCCGCAAACUUCGCCUCUCGAUGCGGUAACUGGCUUUUCGCCUCGAUCCGCUUUUGAGGAGCAGGCGACCUUGCUGCAGCAGCGAGCUGCGCUCCAGCUCGAAGCGGCGCGCAUUUCGACAGCCCGGCACUCGCUCUCUAUCCAUCCUUCCGAAGCGGCCGUCAAGCUCCUCACGCGGCGGUACUCGGCUGUCCCGCGCAUCUCGACGCAAUCUUUUGACGCACCUCAAGCAGCGAGGAUCGCUUCUCCGACCUCGCCCAACCGCCCUCGGCACCCCAAGCCGCUCGUCCUCACUCCCGCUCGAACGGUCCACACGCCUCUCACCACCUCGUCUGCCGUCUCUCCCGGUCGACGUCGCGGCUCGCUGACGGGAAGCGAGCAAGGCGGUCGCUCUCGCAGUGGCUCGCUUACAAUCGCAACCCCGCCGCGCAUCAUGUCGCCAACUCGCGCCCACCUCGCACCUUCCGCUCGCUCUCCAGCAGCAAUCCGACGACGUUCGAUGGGUUACAUCGAUUCCUCCUCCUCGCUCAACAGCCGUCCGACAUCCGUCGUUUCGCCAGUCCUGCCGCCAAAGCGCGACUCGGUCGCAUCUUCCGUCUCUUCUCCUCGCCUUCCCUUGUCGCGCAACCGGUCCGCGAGCGAAGACACGACCAGCAGUCAGACCACAAGGACUACAGCUUCGUCUCGCGCUCGUCUGAGCGGCUCGACAGACGAGAGUCCCGUCUCGAGCGUUUGGAGCGACGAGAAGGACGGCUUGCGAAUCGACAGUGAUGGCAGCCCGCUUGGCAACAACGGCGUCGAGUUCGACAGGACGUGGUCUCGGCGAGGCAGCGCGCCUCUUCCGGCUGUCAGCGAGACGGACGGCCUCGAGACGGCGAAGCCGACCUCGCCCGAACGCGACAAGCCGCUGCCCAGCUCGCCACGCAUGGUCCCGGUCCCGCUCUCUCGUCCGACGACUGCACAAGAAGCGAGCACCAUCGGCUUGUCGCCCGUCUCGCAAGCGCCCAUCGUCUCAAUCAUCGCCUCUUCGCCCUCAACCAUCCGCAGUCCUGCUUCGCGCAAGUCGUCCGGCGUUUCCCGUCGCGAGACCUUCCAAGCUUCGACGAAGCGUACGAAGUACGACGAGCACUGGACAGGCGGGUUCGCUAGCGACUCGGCGGCGGAAGAGUCGGACUUUGGUCGACCUUCGCUUGACGUCGCGGCCGCACAUGCCGCUUCUGGCUACCUGACGGAAACGUCCUCGCGGAGCGAUUCGCCUGCUUCGCCGGCAUUCGGCUCGAGCGAUGGAGAAAAGAGACACUCGAUGGCGACGAGGCGCAAGCCUAUUGUGAUUAGGAGUGGCGCAGCUCGCUCGUCUGCCGCCUUCGCUCGACGGAGCCAACGUCUAUCGCAACUCGACCCGACUGUUGGGGACAGCUCGCAUCGCCUUUCGCGAGUUGUGCGCCGUUUGUCUGGCGUCGGCAAAGACGACUCGCCGCCUCUUCCGUCAAGGUUGCACAUGGCGGGAGCGCCUUCAGUGGCUGCUCAUCGCCAGUCAACGCACUCGUCCAAAGUGCGUUUUGAUGAGCGGCGACUCUCGACGGCCCGCUCGCCUCCCUCAGGCGCAGCUGCCGUUUGGCCACCACCGGAAGAGACCAAGACGAUUUCGUUUGCUCCGACCCUCAGCUACAACAGCGAGUCGGAGUCGUCGGCAGGACUCUCGGGACGCGACAGCGAGACGGACGACGAGAUGGCUCGCUACCGCAAGCCGUUUCGGUCUCUCGGCAGUCGUCCUCGCCGCGCCUUCGAGCCUCGCGACCCUCGCUCUCGCUUCGAAGAAUCCGACUUCGGCCCCGAAUCGUUCCUCGAGGUUUUGCUCAACGAAGAGCCUCCUGCACGCCCUCGAGCAGGCAGCUACGACUCGCGGUGGAGUGGCUACUCGACCGGGAUGCUCGACAGCGACACGAAGGGUUCGUCGUCGUCCAGCAAAGCGUUCGGAACCGUUAAGCCAGCCAAAGGCCUGGCGAACAAGCUCUUCGGAGCGCUCGCCAAGUCGCCCAAGCUGUCGUCGAGCGAGGACCGUCCUCGGCGGCCCGUCUCAAUCACGCCUCGCGGUUCUCCUGCCGCCGACAAGCGACGCCCGUCGAACAAGCCUCGUCCCGUCGUCUCAGGACCGCUCGAACUUGAAGCAGCAAGCUCGGCCAUGCGCCAGCAGGAUUCGCACGGCUCGACGGGCUCGUCGACGUCGUUCAGCUCGCGAGAGUACAGCAGCGUACGCUCCGGCUUCGGCGCCUACAGCAAGGUGAGCCUGUACCAGCCCCUUCCGACGAUCAAGCGCGGCGGCAUGGACGACGAGACGGCGGAAGAACUCGCCUCGUUCGACUUCACGAAGCAGGCGAACCCCUCGCGCAACUCGCCGCGCAGACUCACCUCGCCUGCGACCCGUCAAACUCGCAUCGGCAGCGCCGGCUCCGUCUCGCCAAGCACGACGCAGCUCCCACUCCUCCGUUCGCCGCGGCGGUCGUCGGAAGGAAGCGUCGCGGCAUUUCCUACUGCUUUCAAGGUCGUCCCGCUGUCGCCGGCGCUGAAGUGA